AUGCAGGUGUCGAAGAAAAUUCCCUUUGACGAUCCCAACGUACUCUUGAGUGUGCGCACCAUGUACAUCGCGUCCAACAUCUUCAUCCUGUGCCUGUACAUAUACGUGCGAUCACAAAUAAACAAGAAGAAAGACCUAAAAACCCUCAAAUACGUUGAGCCCGCUCCGAUGGGAUCGCAAGAAGAACCGCGGCCGGUCAUCACAACGGUCCAGGACUAUGACAAGCAGCAACUCCGCAGCCUACUCAAGUCCCAGCUGAUGGGCGUCGGCAUGAUGUGUGUCAUGCACCUGUACUUCAAAUACACAAACCCGCUCCUGAUCCAGUCGAUUAUCCCCGUCAAGUCUGCGCUGGAGGGCAACCUGGUCAAGGUACAUGUGUUUGGCCAACAGGCUAAGGGCGACCUGGAGAGGCCGUGGAAGGUUGGGGGUGGGUUUAUGGGGAUGGCUCAGGGCGAGGUUAAGAAGGACAAGGCCAGUGUAGAGUCUGCGGAGAAGUCCUGGAGAGGGGGCGCGAAGGAGGAGUAG